CCCGACGCGAUGGAUGCCCUGCACGCCGCCGGGAUCCGCUUCGCAGAGGUGCUGCAGUCCGGGCCGCCCUGGCUGGAAAAGUUCUGGAUCUCGGUGACCUCCCUGGCCGAUCCCAAAUGCAUCUUCACUGUCUUUUUCCCGCUCACCUAUUUUCUCGACCGCAAGGUGGGGGUGUCGGUGCUGUGGAUCGGCCUGGUGUCAGAGUGGCUCAACGUGGUCCUCAAAUGGUUCUUAUUCGGGGAGCGCCCAUUCUGGUGGGUCCAUGAGUCGGGGCUCAUCAGCAAGGAGCUGGUCACAGUGCGCCAGUUCCCCGUCUCCUGUGAAACGGGACCGGGGAGCCCCUCCGGCCACUGCAUGAUCACGGGGGCAGCCCUCUGGCCUCUCGUCACCACUCUGAUGGCGCUGGCGUCCCAACACUCCAGGAGCCUGCUCCUGCUGGCCGUGGGGCUCUCGCGCAUCUUCGUCCUGGCCCACUUCCCCCAUCAGGUGGUCUGCGGCAUCCUGGCAGGUGCAGCCCUGGGCUGGGGGCUGCAGGCUCGCACCCCGGCUGCCCGCAGCCCGGGCUUCUUCGUGGCCACCGCGCUGGCCCUGCUGCUCAGCUCCCUUGCCCUGCACAGCCUG